UGAUAGCGAUCGGGUGCGGUUACUUGCGCCAAGAUGUCCAUCCGCACCGGACGGAUACGCGUGUGUCUCUUACCGUCAUCAGUGACCGUACUGUUGGCACUGUUACUACCGGCAACUCCAACAUCCGUGGCCUACCAGUGCUUCUGUGGUGUUCGGCGUGCACAGAACGAAACCAUCUAUCCGGACAUACCGAUCGAACCGGGCGAAUGGCCCUGGCACACACUCAUCUACUAUUGGUCCGGAUCGCGACUUGAUCCACCGGCCAAAAUCUGUGAGGGAGCACUCAUCGAUGAGCGCUUUGUGUUGGCCGCAGCUCACUGUUUGACCGUACGUGGAAGUACCGACGGUGAGCUACUUCCAGCCGAACAACUCGUAGUCCAUGUCGGAGUCGUAUCGGUGCAGCAGGAUAAUGAGCGAUCGAGACGGUUCCAGGUACGCAACGUUACCGUGGAGGACGAAUCAGAUUUAGCGCUGAUCGAACUACAAGUAAGUGAACCUCGCACGGUCCCGAAACUGAUACCAGAUGUAAGCCUCUCCAGUGAGGAAGGUAGUGGCGAAGAAGUACAACAAGAGCUGCUGCCAACGGUGGACAGUGGCUGGAAACCCAUCCCCGUCUGUCUGGUUGAUGCGCUCGAUCUGACCUCACUGUACGGGACGGAAAUGUACAUACUCAACCAAAGCCAACGAAACCGGCUCGGCGGUUACGAACCGGUACGUCUAGUGCUGGACGAAUUCCUGCUAUGCUCCGGAUCUACGCUCGCCAUGAAGUCACGGUCCAUCAAUGGUACGACCGUUUCCUUCACCAUCAAAGAUCUCAACCUACCCAGCAACGAUCGGGGGACGGCACUCUACUUCAAGCAUCAGGGCACGUGGAGCCUGCUCGGUUUUACCGUGUCCCGGGCGACCCGUCAAUGGACGCCCGGGUCCGUCUGUCUGCCGAACGACAUCAUUUCCUUCGAUUGUCUCUAUCCGGCACUGGACUGGGUGAUGGAAAACUUUGCCGACACCAACAGCUAAGCGAAUGCGGUGAAUCGGUGCACGGUGGUGUUCAUCCAUUGUGUCGUUAAAGGGGCAUCGCAGCGUACCCUUUCGGCCCCGUCCAUUCGGUGAAACAAUAAAUAAUGAUUGUGUCCAUACAA